AAGCCGCUGUGGUUGGUUGUGGAGGCAGAUUUGAACGCAAGUCAGGCGCGGGUAGGAGAACGGAAACAUAGUAGCGAAAGAGCGGAUCGGCCAGAGAGAGCCAUAGGUGGUAAGAAUGGCAGGAAAUCUAAAGUCUUUGAAGGGAGCUGACUUUAUAAAACUAACAUCUUCAGUUGAGGAGGUGACUCUCUUGCACUCAAAGCUCAAGCUGUGUCUCUCAGAAGUAACUGCCGAUCAGUUGCCAGAUCAGCGAGUUGUUUGUGAUCGCGUUCUUCGUGCCUGCAACCACUGGGCAGGUGAUCCGAAUUGUCAUGUCAGUCACUGGCAGAGCUUAGUGCCCCUGGCAGCUUUGGUAUGCCAAGGUUUCUGUGCAUCAAGCCCUCAACGUACCCCCUUCUACCUUGAGAAAAUUCUGUUUCACCUGCUGAAGAACAUCUCUGCACGUGUAUCCUCAAGUCAUGCCUGUAGUAAUCUGUCAGAUCUCUUGUAUGGCCUUCUAACUGGCUGCCCUUUAGAGCAGCAAAGUGCAGGAGAUUUCACAGCUGUGUCAAAGAGCAGUUUUCAGAUCUUGUGGAAGUCUGCAGGGGACCAAGAACAGAAGCAAAGUCCUAGCUCUUGUAACAGAGAAGUGCUGAGCCUUAGAUUGCAUGCACUGCGCUUUUUAAUGUUGGCAGAGGGAUCUGUAUCACAUGGGGAUGCACCUCAAACUAUAUCACGCCAUGCAAGAUGUGCUGCGCUGGCUUUUGAACCCAAGGGUAAACCAUGCAGCAAAGAAGAGACAUAUUUUUUAAGUCAGACACUUGAAGAUCUCCUUGUGAAACCCCUGUUAGGACGUGGUACUUUGUCUGGUUCUUGGUCCCGAUGCUUGGUUGAACUGACACUAGAGAGAUGCCGCAGACUCUGCAAAACCUGCUGCUUCAAGCAAGGACGACAUGUUGUUGAACAAGCACGUGGAUGUUUAGAAAAGACAGAGAGAUGCUGCCAUGCUGGGUUGGCACUUUUAACCUUUGCUGUGGACAUUCAUGAAUCUGGCAUACCGCCUAGCAUUGGUGAAGUUCUGUCUGAAGUGAUUGAAACUCUUGAUGCUUCCCAAUCCUGUGGUGAUGGCUGGAUGUGUCAGGCACUCAGUGAAUGUUUCCAGUUUGCUGUUUCUUCUUUAGAUGGGCGUUUCAAGCAUUCUGGGAAGCUGAAGGUUGAUGACAUUUUGAGCCUUGCAAAGUUCCUUGAAAAGCAUCACCAGCUUCUAGAAAAGCAAGUGACCAAGGUUCCUAAGGAUGUGACACGACAACUGAAAUCGUUAAAGCAACAGCAAUUCAACAGCCUGCAGCAAUUCACAAAUGCUGCCUGUGCCUUUAUGCAGAGCUGCAAGGACAAGGCUAAGGAUGGAUUGCUAUUGCUGCUUGGAGCCUGCAAAGAUGCUGUUUCUCGGAUGCACAGUUCUCUUCAGGGUCUACCUACUCAAGAAACCACAGAGUUCUUGAACAUAACAGCAUCCUGUGUUCAUAACUUGGCCUACUGGUUCUAUAGCCAGAAGAUGCAUCAAGAAGCCUCUGACCUGGUAUAUCCCCUUAAUGCAUGGCUUGCACAGAGUGCUCCAGAUGGGGACCCUGACCUGGCAGUUGAAAGGUUGCACCGCUGCUACAGACUGCAUGUAGAGAGCUGCAGAAAAAGUGGUCAGAUUAUGAAAGGCCUUGAAGCUGUGGGUCUUUGGCUGCGAGCUCUACGCUCUCAAGUCUCCCAGCAUAUGGCAGAGCCAGUGGCCCUGUGGGUUAGACUUAAAAUGGAUGGUGCUAAAAGUGGAGAUGAAGACGUAAGGCUGCAUACUCUAAAAGAUGGCCUUGUUGAUCAGCACGUGGACCCGGAGCUGAUGGUAUCACUUCUUGCGGAGGAGCUUCAAGGAUACAAAUCAGUCCAUGGCGAUACAGGGCAGGAACGAUACAAUACAAUAUGUGAUCUCCUUGAGCUCUGCCAUGAGGACAGCGACCUUAGAGGCCAUCGUGCAAUAUUUCUUCUAGAGCUGGCCCAAGUCUUGUGUUACCAUGACUACACUGGACAGACAGACUGCUCUGCCCUGGAUGCUGUUCAGGAAGCUCUUCGACUUUUAAAUGCAACUUCAAAACCCACAGAACGUUUGCAGGACAUUAAAGCCCAAGCUCUGCUCUGGCAGUAUAUCUGUACCCUUGAAGCAAACAUGCGGGAGGGUUUGGAGGAGCAAAACCGUAAGGCAAAGUUAGAGGGUCAGAACCAGUGGACAGGUGUGGAUUAUGAGCCCAACGACCUGAACUAUGAAGAUAAACUACAUGAUGACCAGUCUGUCAGGGAUGGGAUCUGCUUUACAUUGGCAGGGGAGACAGGGCCACUGAAGGGGCUAGAUGAAGCUCUUGAUCUGUGGAGCAGUCUCUUAUCCAGCUCACAAGUACAAUACUUAAACAGUGCUGAACAAACCAUUUUUUCAUUGCACCUGCUCGGAUCAUUGUACAGACUGAUGGGAAAACCUCUGCAAUCCAUGCAGAGCUUUCAGCUUGCUGGACGCCUGUGCCACUCUCUACAAGAUCAUAUUAAGGAGAUUGGGGCUCUCUGCCAUCUCACCAAAAUUUUAUUCUACUUGGAGAGUCCUGAAUAUGCUCAAGUUAUCCUUCAGAAGGCAGAGGAGAUCUUAAAACGCGCUGAUCGUACUAGUGAAAAUUACACUCUGGCUGAGCUAUCCUGUCAGCUUUUGCGUAGUCAUCUCUGCAGGGUCACACGUCAGGUUAAGGAAGGGGUAGAACUGCUUCUGGGUCUUCUUCAGCACCCUUCUCUGCAGAAAUCAUCAAAGGCAUGGUACCUUCUCAAAGUACAAGUUCUUCAAGAGCUUUCAUUGUUUCUCAUGCUCCCAUUAGAAAACUUAACCUCUGAUCUAUACAGGCAGUUAUGGGCUCAUGGGUGUCAUAAUCCUGAGACUGCUCUGACAGAAGCCCAUAAGCUGCUAAGGAGCAUCGUCCUCCUCCUUCUUGGAAAUGAUGUUUUGGCUUCCCCUAAAGGUUCUUCAGAAGUGCGUUUUGUGGAUAAUGGAGAAAACCUUCUUCAAAAAUGGCAAGUCCUUGCUGAUCUCCUCAGCUGCACCCAUGAUCUAGUGAAGACUCUUGGCCGUAUGGGCUGUGUUUCAGAAGCCAAGUCAUUUUGCCUUGAGGGACUCAGAGUGGCCAAAACUCUGCAGAGUAUGCGGCACUGCGCUGAUUUCCUUGUGAGAAAAGCAGAACUAGAGACUCUGCGCUCAGAAACUCAGCUCUGUGAAGAAGAUUUGCAGUAUGUGCUGUUCCUAAUGGAGUCCUGUACAGAUUUUGCAGCCAAAAGUAAACAGAAGGAGGUCAAAAUAAAGCUUUGCAAAGGGAAACCAUUUCAUAAGGUGGACAUUACAGAAACACCUCCAAGUCCCCCUAAAGAUGAUUUUCUGAAGGCAGUAGAUCUUCAUUAUGUAGAAACAAGGGAUUUGUCAAAAGCCCCUGAAUCUCCAACAUGCAAGCCUUCCCUGGAAAAGAACCUUCCACAUUUUUUGUCUCAUACACAGGACUGCACUUGCCCUCUAUGCUCUGAUCUUGUACUGUCCUUGCUUUGCACCCAGUGGUUGGUGGCUAAGGCAGAGAAUAAUACUCAGAGCAGAGGUUUGUUAAAAUCAGCCCUGAAAAGAUGCAAGGCACUAACCCAGCGCUUUUCUGGUAUUGUUCAGGAAAUACUUGGUAAGGGAGUCACCAAACCAGCAGUUCUAGGAGUUGCAUCUGAACUUAUGGCUAGAGUGUACCUGGCCAUGGCAUCACAGAGCCCCUCUAAGCUUCCAGAAGAGACCCUGGAGGAAGGACUUAGUUUUGUGUCUUCACGCCAAGCAACUCUUCCUAAGCACUGGAGAGCGGGCCUUCUUCUGGCCAAAGCUUUGUGCUCUAUAUAUAAUCUGGCUGCUAAGCAUGGUGGCUGUGUUGCAGAUAUGUUUGUUCAAUUAUGGGGCUGGCAGCCACAUCAGAACGGCAAAAAAGCAGCAGACCUCAAUCACAGGAACAAGACAACCGCUAGCAUUACAAAGAAAAAAACUAAGAAAAUGUCACUGGAUGUCCCAAGUUCAUUCCCCUUUGAGGACUCGGACACUGAGCCUCCAAAACCUCACACAACUCCCACCCAGAAGAACCUUCCAGCAACUGAAGCAAGAUCUGUUACUUCUACCCUCCCAAAGAAAAGCUCUAUUACAGUUUAUAAUGAAGAAUCCCCCAUGCCUGAAGUAUUACCAAGAGCACCAAGAAGGCGCAAAACAAGAACAGUGCUAAAGGUUGAUUUUAGUGACAGUGACUUGGAAGUGCCAGAUAAUCCUGAAAAGGAGCCAGUGUCAAACUGCAGGAAACAAGCUGUACAGACUAAAUCAGCAGGUCGAGGUCGAGGUCGGGGGAGGAGCAGUGUUGCACAGGCCCCACUUGAUGACUCUGAUGAUGAUGUUACAAAUAAGAGUAAGACCAGGAAAAAUAGACCCAGCACAAGGAGGGGACAGAAAGAAAGUAGCCCAACUAGGCCAGUGCGGAGGCGCCAACAAGUGACAAUGGAUGUGGCUCCUAAAGAAGUAGAUGUCUUAAGAUCUAUAGAGGAAGAACCUGACUGGACGCUGGAUGUCAGCUUCGAAGAGCUGAGGGGUUCUGAUACAGAGCAAAAGAAAACACUUAGAACUGGUCGGAAGGGUCAGAAGUCUAAGAAUGAAGGGUUGGUGACAGAAUGUGAAGUGCUAAGAAGAGAUGCUGGAGGGGAACACUUGUGUUGGACCCCGAAUAUGAUAGGAGGAGAAACUGACCUCAACCCAUUUAGCAUCGCAGGAAAUUCAUCUUCUCUACCUGCUACUUUCAGUGCCUCUGACCUGAGUUUAGUCUCCUCCCUUCUGCAUGAGGCUCUGGAGUCAAUAGCUCACUUUCCACCAAGCACCCUCUAUUCCAGGCUUUGCCGACUUCUUGCCCUGUGCAGAGGAAGACAAGAUCCAUAUGUCACGGCUCUUCUAGUUAGCGAGUCUGUUUCCAUUACAUUGAGGCACCAAUUGCUGAGCGACAUUCACCGGAAAUUACGGAAAAUACGGAGAGAAGGCUCAGGAGAUGUGUGUGACAAGUUUCAGGAUCUAACUCUGGAGGAUCAUAAAGAUGCUCAGGUUCAGCACCUCUCCCAGCUAGAGGAGAUCUUCCAAUUCCCAAAACAAGCUCUGGACGUACAAAGGUUCCAAGAGCAACUACACCAGAUCCCCGCAAAUACAACAAUGUGUAUAUUGACCUUGGUGGACUCGCAGACAAGAAUGCCUGGUGAUACUAUACUGCUUACUAGACUGGUUCGAGGAAGACCCCCUGUCACAGUCCAGAUUCCUACUGCUCAUCUGAAGGUGUCCAUAAGCUCUACGUUGCAAGAAUUUGAUGAAAUCCAAAAGCAGCAGAAGGCUGUCAACAACCUGACAGACAAAAAGGAAUGGUGGGAAGGGCGCAUGGAGUUGGAUUGUCGAAUGAAGGCUUUAAUACGUUUACUAGAGGAACAGAUUUUGGGCUGCUGGAAAGUGUUGCUAAGCUGCCCAUGCUCCAGUGAUGCUGUCAUAGAGGAAUGUGACCGGCUUUCACAGACACUGUCAGAUUCUGGCUGGGGAAGAACAGAUCCUGAACUCCUGAAGAUUUUGCUGAGUUGUUGCCAUUUCCUAACCCCUCACCUUAUUCAGUCCUUCAUCCACGGAUUUGGAUUUUCAAAGCCUGAGCAGGCUCAGGAGCUGGUACAAAGUGCCGCAGAGAGACUUAAAGCGGGCACAGAACAAUCAGAAGGACAUCUGGUGCUUGUGCUGGAUAAGCAUCUCCAGAAGCUUCCGUGGGAGAGCAUCCCCUGCCUGCAGAAGCAGUCAGUCACAAGGCUUCCAUCUCUACGCUUCCUUCUCAGCUAUGGCUUGCAAAGGAAGUACCAGCCUGAGACAACUCUAAUGAAAGGAGUUGACCCAAAGCAAGCCUUUUAUGUCCUUAACCCUCAUGCAAACCUGCCAGGCACCGAGGAGCGCUUCAGGGACUGGUUCAAAAAUGAACCUGGGUGGAAGGGAGUAAUCAGAUCGGCUCCAAAAUCUGAGAUGAUUCAGUCUGCACUGACAAAGAAAGAUCUCUACAUCUAUGUUGGGCACGGUGCAGGGGCACACUUUUUGGAUGUACAGACACUCCAAAGGUUACACUGCAAUGCUGUGGUUUUGCUUUUUGGGUGCAGCAGUGUUGCCCUUGCAGUUCGGGGAGAUCUGGAAGGUGCAGGAAUUGUUUUAAAAUACCUUAUGGCCGGAUGCCCUUUAGUUCUUGGCAACCUAUGGGACGUCACUGACCGUGAGAUUGACCGCUAUACCGUAGCAUUUUUACAAAGUUGGCUCAAGGCAGGAUCUGGAGCUCCUCUCUUGAAAUACCUGUCAGAAUCCCGCCAAGCUCCCAAGCUGAAAUACAUCAUUGGUGCAGCUCCUGUAGCUUAUGGCUUACCAGUGGCCCUGCGAUAGCAUCAUUGUCAUGUGGGACUAUAUUUUUACAUAUUAUAUUUAUACCUUUUACAGAAUGAAAGCCAUGUAGUUUUUUUAAUAAGAUGAGUGUCCAUAGUUUGGCUUUUCUGCCAGCUGAGGGCAGAGUUAUGAUAUUUAUUCCUUGGCUUACUUAUAAACAUACUAGUUCUUGCCAGAUCUUGCCCUCUUUGAUUUACCGACUAGCAGCAGUGGUUUUAGCCAAUUUGCUAUUCAAAUAUGUAUAAAUAUGUCAAUGUUUAUAAGUAGGGUUGCCCAUAUCUUUUGGCACAGAGUCAUUUCUAAUAAAGGGUGUAUAUACAGCUGUUCUCAGGUUAAAUGAUUUUAUUCCUACAGAGUUGUACUCUCUUUUAAGAGUGAAUAUUUAACAUAUAUUUAUUGCAUAAGGGAAACUAUUGAGUAAUAUAAAUGUGUAAUAAAGUUUGGAGUGUUUUUA